CAAAAGUAAACGAUAAGUACUUUGAACUUGAUCCAAAUCCUUGUUUUUUUAGGACAGCACGAAACUCGAGUGUAAGACAUCUGUAAGUGUUGCUCUGUCUGUUUCCUUCAAAAGACAUAUAUAUAGAAAGAAAGAGAAGAGAUGGGUUCUAUGUUCAGUGGAAACCGUUUGAACAAGGAAGAGAUGGAGGUUGUGAUGAACAAAGCUAAAGAGAUUGUCUCUGAGUACCCUGUUGUUGUCUUCAGCAAGACUUACUGUGGUUAUUGUCAGAGGGUGAAACAGCUGUUGACACAGCUUGGAGCAACUUUUAAAGUACUUGAGCUCGAUGAGAUGAGUAAGAAACCAAAAUCUCUGGUCAUUGAACCUGGAUUAUAUUGGUCUCAUGCUAAGUUUACAAGUUUAAUAGGUGAUGGAGGUGAGAUACAAUCAGCUUUAACUGAGUGGACAGGGCAGAGCACUGUUCCUAAUGUUUUCAUCAAAGGCAAACAUAUCGGUGGAUGUGAUAGAGUGAUGGAGAGUAACAAGCAAGGCAAGCUUGUGCCUCUACUUACUGAAGCUGGUGCUAUCGCUAAUAACUCUUCUCAGCUUUGA